UGGAGUUUGUCGAGUUUAGACCAUUACUUAUAAUAUGGCAAUGAAAGGUGUAAAUGCAGAAUGCGAGUACUAGUCUUCUUGUACCUUCUCCCAUUAUGCUACUCGUGGCCUAGACUCGUGGGGUGGGUACAAUCAGCUGGGGCAUCAGUGACACUUCGUUGUAACGGUAAACCGUUCCAUGAUGCGACAGUAUGGUUGCGAGACGCGGAGCCUGGAACACCUGAUAAUGACGAUACGAUAGGUGGACCCGUCGCACCGGACAAAUUUGGAAAAGCUAAAGUUGAAGGCAGUGCUAGGGAGAUAAGCCAAAUCGAACCAUACCUCGAAAUCGAGCAUAUGUGCCUUGGGAUGCCAUGGCGUUUCUGCCUGGACCUGCCAUCAGAGUUUCUAAACUAUGGCCCUAAAGCAAAGAAAUACUGGCAUAUCAAAGUGGAGCUCUCCGAUUUUGAUUGGAUGUUCAAAAAAAGAUGCCGACUUGACAUAUACCCAUAUCCAAUUCCUUCAAGAUGAUUUGUG